UUUGCCAUCGCAAUUGUUAAAAAUAAAAUUGUGAAAAAACCAAGUAUUUUAUUUGCACGUGCAUUAUAAAUAGAUUUUCACCCUCAAGAAACGUGUGAAAAAAAAAAAUUUGCCAAAGAAAUCGAUACAUUUGAAGCGAAACAAAAACGGCCAGCAAACAUUUUUACCAACGAUUUGCCGAGUUAAGUAAAAAUAACUUCACAAACGCAACCCGACGCGUCAGCCCCGGUUGGGCUACGCUUGGUCGGGCUCUUACCGUGUGCAGUGUGGUCACCGAAGAUACCAAAGCCAACAAUUGGCCAAAUCCAACGUGUACAAGCUACACCGUAUACCGUUACAUCGAACGCAUCAUCAGCAUCUACAUCAUCAUCGUCAUCGAUUCGAUCGGCUGCUGUUUUAAACGAUCCAUCAACAUCCGCACAUCCGAUUGUAAAUCGUUUAUUGAUAACCGGCCAACGAACUGAAACUACAGCCACAAAUUCGUGCCGUUGUGCAACGCUGCCAUCAAACGAUCAAUUAAUUUCCGGUCAAUUUUCAUCAAAUCAACAAACACCACCAACCGGAACGAUAACAACUGCAUCGAUCAGUCAAACGUCAACAAUUAAUCAACAACGCGCAAACAAUUUACGUCCGAUCACAUCGCAUUCAAACUCAAAUCCUAUGCUUCUCGUACCGUUCGCUGCAAUGCCACCGGGUUUUGUCCCGAUUCAAGGUCAAAUACCAGUUGUUGCUUCAGCAACGGUGCCGCCAACAACGACCACUUAUCCGGCACAACCGCAAUCGCAUAAUCUUGGCGGAACGUCACAAAUUCUGCCACCAAAUAAUCCAACACAAAAUGCCAUUGCUGUUCACAAUAAUGCUGGUUCACCUGCUGUUUUUAUCGCAUCGGGAUCAUGCACGGAACAAAACACAAAGCAGCAACAGCAACAACAACAACAACAACAACAUCGUCACAAUCUUCAAUACACAACAUUGUCAAGGAGCAAUGUUUAUUAUGCGCUUUCUCUUGCAAUUAUUCAAUUAAAUUGUAAAUGGAAAAAGCGUAAUUUCAUUGUCUUAGGCUCUUGCCAUUGUCUGUAA